UAAUGUUUCCCAGUGCGGUUCAAUUCAGUUCAGUACAGUUCUAGUGCAGUUUUACUGUAGCGAAAGAAACAGACAUUGUCUCACUUCAACUUAUUGCACUAGUUCAGCGGUGCAGCGAAAAUGAACAGACCUAUAAUGUGGUGCCACUUAAGGACAGACGUAUUCGUUCCGUGAAUUAUUUGCGAACUUUCAGUAUGUCGAAUAAACGCAAGGAGAUUUUUUUAAUUACGUGACUAAUACGUGUAUAGUAUUUUCAAAAGAACAGCUAUCUCUAGUACGCAUUAUGAAUUAUAUUAAAAUAAUAAAAAUGCAUUAAGCAGCAUCGAAUACUCUAUAUUUUAUCUUUUAUAAGUGAGUUUGUUGGAAUAAAAAUGUCGAAUUCAGAGACUGGUAUGGGAUGCAUUAGCGAGGUAACACUUGCAAUUAGUAAAGCAAGAAGUUCUCAAGCAGGUACUGUGAGAGUCCUUGACAGUCCAGAUUCUGAUGGAUCUGGCCACUCGAAUUCAUUUACUGUACAACGGUUUAAUUAUCCCAAUGAUAACAAUACCAACUCAAAUAUUCUGCAACCACCUCUAACUAAUGAAGACUUGAGAAUACCUAUUGUUGGCUAUGAAAUUAUGGAAGAGAGAGCUAGAUUUACGGUUUAUAAGCUGCGAGUUGAAUUGAAAAAUGGUGAUUGUUGGUUCGUAUUUAGAAGGUAUACAGACUUUGUUCGAUUACUAGCUCAAUUAAGAAGACAAAAAAUUCCUAUUGCCCGUUUGUCACUACCAAGAAAAAAAUGGCUCGGUGACAAUUUUGCACCAAGUUUUUUAGAAGAAAGAAUACGUGGACUUCAAACAUUUGUCAAUGGCAUAUUAAGUAGUCCAAUUCUCAUAGGUGUCUCAUGUGUAAGGGAAUUCUUUUGUUUGGAUGAACCUCCUGUAUUAUCUGACACUGCAGAGGAAUCUAGAGCAAUAUUUGAAGCAUUGGAAGAUACAAUAUAUCAUUUGAGACAGGAAUUGAGGGAGCGUGAUACUGCACUUGCAUCUGAAAAAGCUCUGUGUAAUGAAUUUCGCAAAAAGCUUCAUCAAAUAUUGAGACAUUUUUAAAUUAUUAUAGCGAAAGACAGACCUGUUCAAAAUGUGGUGCAUCCCAAUAAUGAUAUGAUCUGACUUAAGUCUUAACAGAUCUGAUAAAAUUUAGUUAUAACUAUAAAAAGUUAUAUAUAAUUUAUAAUAUUUAAAGCAAUGUUGCGUUAUGAGAAAAUACUAUAUAGAGGGUAUCUUUAAAAAAUCUGUUAUAUGGGAAUAUUUAAAAAAAGUGAUAUUUUAUAGAUAGAUGAUUAUAUUAAUUGUCGUAUCAGCAUAAAUUUUAGAGUAAAACACAGUAAAUUAUUAAAUAAACUUAUGUCAAAUUUUUAUUAUUCACGGAUUUUAAUUUUUGACUAACACUUGGCAGCACUUUUUAAUAAUCUAAAUUCAAAAUAUUACAAAUGGCAUCUUUCCUAAAUUUAUGUGCCUUGUAUACAUUUUUGCUACACAUUAUAUUUACAAUUUAUACAUUAUAAUUUAUACAUUAAAAGUGCCCUUAUAUUUAAAAAAAUAGCAUUAAAUAAAUUAAUGUGUAAACUUUUAUGUAUAGAACAGUAUUUUCAUUGCAAAAUUUUUGAUAUUUAUAAUUAUCUCAUAUAAAAGAAUUCAUAAUAUUAACUUUAUAAAAAUAUAAACAUCAAUUGUAACAUUAGUAGCGUUAUUGAAAGAAGUAGAACAAAAAAGCUGUAUGAAUUAAAAUUUUAAUUUUUAUAUACUAUUUACUAAUUUAAAUACCAUGAAAUAUUGUAUAUUAGAUAUAAUAAACAUAUAUAUAUAUAUAUAAUAUACCCAUGCAGAGAACAGAAACUUGCAGCAAUGUUACAGCGUUGCAACAAUGUUGCUACAACUUCUGUGCUGUACGGGCAUGUGUAUGUAUGUAUAUAUAAAUUAUAUAUACAUAUAUAUGUAUAUAUAAAUUUUACGUAUAAAAUGUAUA